CGGGCACAUACAGCAUGGUGUAGUUUUUGAUCGGCGCGAUAUUCUGAAAUUCUCAUUUGAUUCACAACGCACGUUUCCAUUCAAUAAAACGUGAAAAAUGCCAAGAGUACAGAAAAGAAAAGCGCCUGCAACGAAAUCCACUCAGAAUAAAAAGAAAGCUGUAGAUAGAGUUGAGUCAGAUCAAAAGAGUGGUUUUGUGCUUGCAAUGGGACAAGGUGACACUGGGCAAUUGGGACAGGGUGAUGAGGUGUUUGAACGAAAGAAACCAGGUAUUGUAAAGGGAUUGGACAAUGUGAAUGUGGUACAAGUGGUUGCAGGGGGGAUGCAUUCUUUGGCACUCAGCAGCACUGGCAAGGUAUAUUCUUGGGGUUGCAAUGACGAGGGUGCGCUCGGUCGCCAGGCUAACCAAGACAAUGGUGAGGAAUGGCUGGCUAAGGAAGUGGAGUUGCCAGAAGAUGUAUACAUCACCAUGGUUUCCGCCGGCGACAGUCACAGUGCAGCAGUCACAAGAUCAGGAAUUGUGUAUGCAUGGGGAACAUACAGGGACAUAAGCGGCCAGGUCGGCUUGCGUCCUGAUGGAAAAAAAUCGUCUCCGGUCGAAAUUCUGAAGGUACCAAACGAUAAGAUAACAAAGAUUGUGUCAGGAAAUGACCACACAAUUGCUCUGACUGAAUCAGGUGACAUCUACACCUGGGGUUGUGCAGACCAGGGUCAACUUGGUCGUGUAGCAGGGUACUUCAGCUCGCGAGGAGGAAGACGAGGUCUAAAAUUUGUGCUGGUACCGAAAAUCGUCCGUCUUCGUCGUGAGAGCAAGUUCAAAGAUGUUUUCGCUGGGAGCUUUUGUACUUUUGCUGUUGCAAGAGAUUCAGCCGUUGUCUACGUCUGGGGGUUGAAUAACUAUGGCCAGCUGGCGACGGGAGACACUAACAGUCCAUAUUUCCCCAAGAAAUCUCAGGCAUUAUCGAACCUUAACACUGAUAACGACAAUCCAAUUCGCAUCGCAAGCGGUCAACAUCAUUCGAUAUUUUCCACUGCAGAUGGUAAGGUUUAUAGCGCUGGCCGCGCAGAUUACGGCCGAUUGGGGCUUGGUGCUGAGGCCAGCGACCAAAGUUUACCCGCCGAGGUGGGAGCUUUGAGCGAUCACAGGGUCCAGAUGGUCGCUUGUGGCGAGGUCGUGAGCUUUGCUGUCACCGAAGAGGGUCGACUCUAUUCCUGGGGGAUGGGCUCAUGUCUGCAACUGGGCAGCGGUGAUGAUGACGAUGCUCUAAGCCCAGUUCUAGUCGAAGGGAAAAAUCUUGUCUCCACCGAACACGAGGUCUUGAAUGUUGAAGCUGGUGGACAACAUACCUUAAUUUUGGCGCGAAAGAAAUCCUAAAUUUUUAAUUAUUAGGUUUAAUAAGAGCUGAAUCAAUGGCUUCUUUUUAAUGAGGAUCUUCUCAACCUAGAAUGAUUUACUAAAAAAUUACUCGUAUGUUUGAUUAUAUUUUGCCGGAUUAACAACGACCCAGUUGCCUCAGCUCUUGUGUAGAAUUCUCAUCAUUUGCUUGUAUUAGGAAUUUUCGGGAUAUUUUUAGCGACACUUCGAAAAGGGGGUUUCACUUUUCAAGACAAUAUUAUAUUAACUCUUUAAAUCAUAUACUAAAUCAUUCUUAAUAAAACGUUAUUUUAUCAUUGA